CGCCACUGAGCGCAGUGAUGGCAAGCUGGAGUUCGUAAAGCGACGGAGGCAAAACUGUAGUGAAGCGCCUUACGGCUGGGGCAACAUCCACAUCAUUUCUUUCCCCUCUGCAUUGUUGCCCCUGACCCUUUUGCUCUUUUUUUAAUGAGGGGCAGAAUAAUUUGCAAGAAAUAUGCUUAGAAGCCGCGUUCCUCUUUCAUUUUAAGUGAUUAUUUGAGGUAUUUCCGACCCAGUGUGCUGCAUCUCCGAAAGUAGCGGAUUUCUUUUUUUUCUCUACAUUGAAAUCAUCCUAGAGAAACACGCCGCGUAAACAAGUUCAUAAAUGGUGGAAGCCAUUGUGGAGUUUGAUUACCAGGCCCAGCAUGAUGACGAGUUGACCAUCGCUGUCGGUGACAUCAUCAGUAACAUCAGGAAGGAUGAGGGGGGCUGGUGGGAGGGAGAGCUGGACGGUCGGAGGGGGCUCUUCCCCGACAACUUUGUCAGGGAGAUAAAGAAAGACCUGAAAAAGGAGGUGAAGAAGGAGUCCAGUUUGGCCGGAUCCAAAUCAGACCUGUCCAAUGGCAGCGCCAGCCCGAAAUCAGAACCCAGCCUCAGACCCGCCAAGAAAGAUAGAGACUUUGGUUUCCAAAGAAAAUGUGCGCCAAUGGUAUUCUCCAGAGUAUUAGGUGAGGCAAUCCGAAAAAAGCGUUGCAAAGCUGCCUUUAGCUACACUCCACAGAAUGACGAUGAGCUAGAACUGAAGAUCGGAGAUGUUAUCGAGGUUCUGGGAGAGGUGGAGGAGGGAUGGUGGGAGGGCACUCUCAAUGGCAAAACUGGGAUGUUCCCCUCUAACUUCACCAAGGAGCUGUUGGCUGAGGCUGAGGAUCUGACCCCACAGGACGACACGCGCAGCACACGAACCAGUAUAAAGGACAGCACUGGCUCAGAGAGUGAUGGCGGCGACUCCAGUAGUUUACGGUCUGAUACUGGCAGUGUGUCCUCCAGCUCUGAGAUUCAGCCCAAAAAGGUUCGGGGCUUCGGCUUUGGGGACAUCUUCAAAGACCAGCCGAUCAAGCUCCGCCCACGAUCAAUGGACAUGGACAAUGAGGCAGAAAAGCCUCAGAUGGUGAAGAAAGUCGCUCCAGCUGUUGCCCAAGAAACCAUGAAGGCGGAGCCUGACAACAAGGCCAAAGCAAAGGAGUUUUGCAAAGUAAUUUUCCCGUACGAAGCUCAGAACGAAGAUGAGCUGUCCAUCAAAGAAGGAGAUAUUGUUACGAUUGUCAAUAAGGAGUGUGCAGACGCUGGUUGGUGGCUUGGAGAGCUGAACGGCAAACAGGGAGUGUUUCCAGACAACUUUGUGAAGUUAUUCAUUCCUGAGGUAGAAAAAGAGAGACCUAAGAAACCGCCUCCUCCUGCCGCACCAACCACUAAACAGGUCACAGACAAAAAGACAGAGGCAAAAAAGGUUCCACCAGAACGGCCCGAAUCUCUCCCACACAGAUCUGAGGAAAAAGGUGAAGACUCGAAGUUGAGCGACAUUCCAAAGCCGUCCCUCCCAGCUUUCCUCCCAAAGAAGCCUCUUCCCCCGAAGAACAACAACGCGUUGAAUCGACCGUCAUCCCUGCCACCCAAACGCCCAGACAGACCUGAGAGACCAGCUGUACCCAAUAUACCGUGUGACAGUCCGAAGUCUGACAGCAGUGGUGUGGCAGCUGACCGAGGCUCUGUAGACAAAUCCCUAGAUAUCGAUGUAGAAGACUUCGACUCCAUCGUCUUAUCCACAGAGAAGCUGAACCACCCGACCGCGUCACGACCCCGUGUGAUGGACCGGCGACCACGAUCGCAGGUCUUCACGUCUUCCUCUCUCUCUAGUCCUGACCUCCUGGAAUCCCCAUCUCCAGAGGAGGAGAGGAGAGACAAGGACAUGGGAAAGGAAGAGCAGGACUCAAUCACUCCCAAAACUCUUGACAACUCCAAGAAGAUGCCCAAGGCAGUGCCAAUCAUAACAGGUCAUGAGAAAUCAUCUUUACCCCCUAAACCAAGUGCCCCUCUAUCCUCUUCUGGGUCCGGUGGGGCUUCUCUCCACCAGGGCGCUGCUGGUCUGCGGCCCCAUUCCCCGUCUGUUGACGCCAGAGGAAAGAACGAACAGGGUGCCGCCACGCUGGAGGAGCUCAAAGCACAAUUACGAGACCUGAAAGGAACUGUGGAGCUCAUGAAGAGCCAGCACAAACAAGAAAUCAAGCAGUUGGUGAGUGAACUGGAUGAGGAGAAGAGGGUUCGUAUUUCACUGCAGAUGGAAGUGGAGCAGAUUAAGAAAUCCCUGUCCAAAUGAACUCAAGCAUGCUGGGUGUAUCAGAUGAAGGAUCUGGCCGAGGUUCCAAUAGAUUGUGCCAAAAAAAGAACAACAAUGUAUCAGAACAAUUGCUUAAAGAAAACAACUGUUUACCCCCCAAAUCACUUGUACUCUUUCUGCUUUAGUUGUUUUAAGAAGCUUUUUUUGCGUGUUAUGCUCAGACUGGGCACUGACUCACAGACCCAUUGCCCGGGUGUGGCCUUACUGUGGGUCAUGUGAUUAAAGGGUGCCGAUGACCCACACCUGGAGACAGGUGAUAGCGGUUGCCAUGGGGAUUAGCUGGUCUCCUGCACAACUGUGACACAGUUACCCCAUCACCCUCUCUGGUACUGCCUCUGAACAUUAGUCAGAGAACACAUCAAAUGAAGGAGAAUCCAGUGCGUUUUACUUAAAUACUCUUCACCUUAAGUUUUUUUCUUUUGACUUGGAGGCCUUCUAUUAUUUUCUUUAUAUGCAAAGGUGCGGUUAAUUUCACACCCCUUGCGGUUUCCACAUGCAGCAACCCCACAUUGAGGCCUUGUUUAUUUGGAGCGUUCCAAACUCUUCUGUCUUUCCUAUUUCUUUUAUGUUGGUGAUGACAAUGAGAAAACUCAAGUUUUGUUUUCUUGACUCGGUUAUUUCUUUGAAAUCUUCUAUAUAUACUUUUAUAUUUUAAUGUACUAAAUACAAUUAUGUGUGCAGAUUUUAUUAAAAAAAGAUACUUCAAAAAA